GAAAGAGCCCGAUGUCUAGCAGGACUUCGGAACGAGCGAACUUCGAAAACAGGUGCUGAAAUUCUACCAUGUCUGUUUGUAAUGGAGACAUAAGUGAAUCAGAAAGUGCCCAAGAAAGAAGUGUACGUUUUGCUGCUGAAGACAUGGAGGACGAGGUAAUUCGUGUUCGUAAUCCUAUUGUGACCGAAGCAAUUCCUUUUGGACUCGGCGACUCGGAGAGCUCACAGUCUAGGAUCCUUAUCAAAGGUGGCAAAGUGGUUAAUGAUGACCAAAUGUUUGAUGCUGAUGUUUAUAUUGAGGAUGGCGUCAUAAAGCAAAUUGGAAAAGAACUCGUUAUUCCUGGUGGUACGAAAGUUAUUGAAGCAAAAGGAAAAAUGGUAAUACCAGGUGGCAUUGAUCCUCAUACACAUUUUCAAAUUCCAUUCAUGGGAACAUGCUCUAUUGAUGAUUUUUAUACUGGAACUAAAGCAGCUUUAGCUGGUGGAACGACGACAAUAAUUGACUUUGUCAUCGAUAAAGAUUCAUCACUGCUAGAAGGUUAUGAAAAAUGGCGCAGUUGGGCAGAUGAAAAAGUUUGUUGUGAUUAUGGUUUAAAAGUAGCUGUUACGUCUUGGAAUGACAAAACUGAAAGUGAGAUGGAAAUACUUACGAAAGAAAAAGGUGUUAACUCUUUCAAGAUGUUUAUGGCAUAUGAAAAUAUGCAACUUGGAGAUGGUGAUCUUUUGAAGAUAUUUGAAACAUGUACAAAACUUGGAGCUUUAGCACAAGUUCAUGCAGAAAAUGGAGAUAUUAUUGCAUAUCAUCAGCAGAAGCUCUUAGACCUUGGAUUUACAGGCCCAGAAAGUCAUCUUUUUAGCAGACCAGAAGAGGUGGAGGCAGAGGCAACAAACAGAGCUAUAGUUCUUGCUAAUCAAGUACAAUGUCCCCUAUAUGUUGUUCAUGUUAUGAGUAAAAGUGCUGCUGAAGUCAUUGCAUCAAGAAGACAGGAAGGUUGUCUUGUUUAUGGGGAAGCCAUUGCUGCAGCCUUAGGAACAGAUGGUUUACAUUAUUUUCGAAAAUGCUGGCAACAUGCAGCAGCAUUUGUUAUGUCUCCUCCACUUCGUCCUGACCCAACUACACCCUUACGUCUGAUGGCAUUGCUAGCUAGUGGGGCCUUACAAGUAACUGGUUCGGAUAACUGCACAUUUAGUUUAGCUCAGAAAGCUUUAGGUAUGAAAGAUUUUACAAAAAUUCCAAAUGGGGUCAAUGGUGUUGAAGAGCGUCUCUCACUCGUUUGGGAAAAAGGGGUUAUGACAGGUCUUUUAGAUCCGUGCAAGUUUGUAGCUGUAACCAGUACUAAUGCUGCUAAAAUAUUCAAUAUGUAUCCUCGUAAGGGUAGGAUUCAAGUUGGAUCUGAUGCUGAUGUUGUUGUCUGGGAUCCUCAUGCAAGUCGUGUGAUAUCUGCUAAAACUCAUCAUCUGGCUGUAGAUUUUAAUAUUUUUGAAGGACAUGAACUUAGAGGAGUACCUGUGUAUGUUAUUUCAAGAGGCAAGCUUGUAGUUGAGGACGGAGAGCUUCAUGUUAGUCAAGGUGCUGGAAAAUUUGUUCCCACUCAACCAUUUUCACCAUAUGUAUUUGCCUGUUUACAGCAAAGAGAACGGUACCAUGCCCCUGUUGCUCGAGGAGAUUCUGAUGUGCCAGAUGGAGAUAUUCCUAUUUCACCUCUUUCUCACAAUAUUUCUAUGCCACGUGAAUACAUUCAAGGAAUUAGUGGUGGAAAAGGUGGCCAGGAAUUUCAUUCCAGACCCCCAACUAGGGGUGGAACAAGGAAUUUACAAGACUCUACUUUUAGUCUUUCAGGAGCGCAAAUUGAUGAUGAUAAAGGUCAACGAUGUGGAAUUAGGGUUAAUAAUCCACCUGGAGGUCGCUCAUCUGGUUUAUGGUAACUUAUGUAUGGCUAAAUUUUGAUCAAUAUUUAUGGCACAAAUUUGUACUUGUGCUCACUAUAUGCAAUAUGAAGAGUGACUGAACUUAAGCUUUUCUCAAGAAAUAUUUAAAAUAUCAUAUUUCUUGCAUUUUUAUGAUGCAUUUUUAAAGAAUUAUUGCUGAAAGUUAAAUGUGUUGGAAAAAUGUUAUAUUUUGUUACUUUAGGUUGCUUUAUGCAUGUGUUCUUGUUGCAAAACAUUGUAUUUCCAUGUUUACUGGUUUCAAGUUCUGGUGAUGAAAAACUUAAUUUAGAAAGUGUUAAAAUGCAUAAAAUAUUUUGUAGUUGAAAUGUUUGAAAUUUCAUAUGAAAUAUGCAUUUAAUUUUACAUUUUUAGAAGAGUAGUACAUGUGACUUUUAAGUAAAAAGAUUCAAGCAUGCACAAAGACACAAAUUGUCGACAUUUGCUACUUUCUACCUGUUUCCACACUUUUAUCUUUAAAAAGUGUUUAUUUUAUUAAUUCUGUUUUACUUCUGAAAUAAUCAUUUUCAUUACAUUGUUAUUUUUCUUUCUGAAUUGUUUUAUAAUUCUCAAAUCAAGUACAUGUGUUAACCAGUCCAUACCUAUUUGUUUGGUGCUUAAUACUCUUUACAAACAAAAAUUUUUAUCAUGUUUGAACAUUUUUAAUUAGUGUGUUCUCUGUCAUGAAAGCCUUUUGUUAAACACUUGCACUUGUCUUUCAUGUGUCCUAUACUUGCUUAUUUCUUGUUGAAUCAACUAUAAAAUUACAUUUCAAUUAAAGCAUAGUUAAAUUUUAUCCUUAAAAUCAAAUUAAUCGGUGCUGAAAUUUGUCUUAUUUUUAAAACAAAUGUUAAUCAAAAUUGUUAUUCUUUAAUAUUAUAAAUUUAAUUGCAUGUCAUUAGCAUUUCUAUGCAUCUUUUUUAAAAAAUCAUAAUGGAAAUUGGUGCUGGAAUUUAUAAAAUUUGUUGCUGUUUCUCUUUGCGACUCCCUAAAGUUGCUGCAAAUUGCUAAUAGCUCAUGCUUGUUUUAAAUUAGCUACAACAAAAAGAACUAAUGAAAAAUCUAAAGCAGCCACAAAUAUUUCAUAAAAUUGCUGUAUAUAAAGUUUACAUUUCAUUUGUUAAAAAGUUGGGAUUAAUUAUGACAAAUUUUGUGGGCAUUAUUUCUGCAGCAGUGACUGGCUAUUCUAUGAAGAUUACCGAGUUACUGUCAUUAUAAUUUUAUCUUGUGCAUCAUAUUUUUGGGGAAGUGUUUCAGCUUAAAUACAUACACAUUAGUAUCAAAUCAUGGCUUCAUAGUUUUAUGUUUUUUGUACUAAUUUGUAAUGAAAAUAAGCAUUAUUUUCAUUUAAUCGUUACCCCCCCCCCCCCCCCCGGGGGAAAUUACCAUUAGUUCAUGUGGAAGGCUAAUUUCAGUGUUCAUGUUAUUGAAUGAUCAGCAAAAAACUUUAAAAAAACAAAUUCAUUACAUGUCAUGAAAAGCACAUGAACAUUCAUAUAAUUUAUAAUAAACCCAUUUUUUCCACCUGUAAAGUCCGCCGCAAGUGAUAGUUAAAAUGUACUGAAACUUAACAUUUAAUGUUACAAAUACCACUUCUUGUUACAUUCUAUGUUUUUACUUGUUUUUUAAUGUGUCAUUACAUUGUAUAAAUUUUGUUGCUGUAUUGAUUUGCUAUAUUUGGAAAUAAAUAGAAAUGUUGUGAAUAAAUUGAUAAUGAUGUGCUUGUCA